AUGGGUGAUAUAUUCGCCGGCGCGAAUUAUUUCCACCAACAUGGAAUUUGCCCUAGUUUAAUGAAAAUAAAAAUACUGGCUAAGAAAUACGAUGAAAUGAGGAACAGUUUCGGCAACACGCAAUGUUAUUGCCUAGCGUCUGCUAAGCAGACGAAGAAAGAGAGGGCGAUGAGCGGGGGGGUAAGGCGAGAAAUAGAGUUAAGACUCAAGGAGAAUCCCUUGCAAAUACCCAAAUAUUUUCUUCGGAUUAUAUUACUUGAUCUCAAUCUCUCGAAUUGGACACUUGUAAUGAUUGAUUAUUUGAGUAUACCGUUUGGAGCAUCAUUCGAACACGGGAGUCUUAGCAAUUACGGAAAUCAAAACUGCAAGGAGUACUCUGAACACGCAUCUAACGGCCCAUGUCACCUGCCAUCAGGUUCCUAUCCAAUGAUCACGCUGUUUCACAGUCAACGCCAACACGUUCUAAUUGACGAUGAUCAAUGA